UUGGUAGUGAACGAACAUACAGGGACAUGUUUAUAUGUAUAUAGUGCUAUUAUAUAUAUGGUGAUGAUUUGUUUGUUUGUACGUGGUCAUGUGUCAAUGGCUAAGAGAUUUGAUUAAAGCCACUAAGGCGUUUUUGGACGCAUUGAGCGAGUCGGGUGCUAGUUGCGUGUCUCGGGCUACAGCCAUCAAAUUUCUUCUGGCGAGGAAGUUUGAUGUAUCCCGAGCGCACACACUGUGGAGGCAGCAUGAGGCGACCAGGCGGAGAGAGGGACUCAUAAGGUUCGAACCUUUUGAGGACCCGCUGAAGACUGAACUGGAGACUGGGAAGUUUACUAUACUGCCGACGAGGGACGCGACCGGUGCAGCUAUAGCAGUGUUCACAGCCAACAAACACUUCCCCAGUCUGACUUCACACCAGACCACCUUGCAGGGUGUAGUGUACCAACUGGACUGCGCCCUCCAGUCGCUGGAGACCCAGCGGGCCGGGCUGGUCUUCGUCUAUGAUAUGACUGACUCCAAAUACACCAACUUUGAUUACGAACUAUCGCAGAAAAUACUCACCAUGUUGAAGGGCGGUUAUCCUGCUAAGUUGAAAAAGGUGUUAAUAGUGACGGCACCGUUGUGGUUCAAGGCUCCGUUCCGUAUCCUCCGACUGUUCGUGCGCGAGAAGCUCCGUGAGCGCGUGCACACGGUGAGCGCCCCGCAACUGGGCGCCCACGUGCCGCGGGCCAGUCUGCCCAAACAACUGGGCGGACAAUUAGAACCAGACCACGCAGCCUGGCUGGAACACUGCAGGAAAUGUUACACGAACAACGUGAACACAAAACUGGACGGUGUCAUUGAUGACUAUGUGAUUACUAAUCAUAUACCACCCAUCAAGACACAGAAUGGUAUAAUAGAUGCGGAUGUGUCGUGUGUCAUGAACGAUAGAGAAGACAUCAUGCACAUAAGCGACGCGCCGUACACUUGCGACCCGAGCCCCUUGAGACACACACACGGCUACAAUGGCGACAUGAAGACAGGACACAUAAAUUCCGGCGAUGAAGACGACUUGGAUUUAAUAACUCGCGGCACUUGGUCGUCGGGCGAGGCGUCUCCGGGGGCUUCGGACGAGGAGUGCGGCGGGGGCGGCACACCCGAGACCCCGGCCGCCAUACUGGCGAGGGUCAGCUCGCUCGGCCGGAGGGGGCUUUGCGCCGAGUACGACGAGAUACGGGCCAGACCUCUAACCGGGACCUUCCAUCACGCCAAACUGCCGGCGAACCUGUCCAAGAACCGCUACACGGACGUGCUGUGCUACGACCACUCGCGCGUGGUGCUGUCCACGGUGGACGAGGACCCUCACUCCGACUACAUCAACGCUAACUACGUGGACGGCUACAAGCAGAGGAACGCCUUCAUAUCCACACAAGGUCCGUUACCAAAAACAUUCGGCGACUUCUGGCGCAUGGUGUGGGAGCAGGGCUGUCUGGUGAUAGUCAUGACCACCAGGACGGUGGAGCGCGGCCGCGUCAAGUGCGGCCAAUAUUGGCCCGGGGUCGCCGGACAGAGCUCCGUGUACGGCGGACUGUCCGUGCACACGGAGGCCGUGGACGAGGGUGACCACUAUACGGUGACCCACCUCGUGCUCACCGACACCAGGACCGACCAGCGGAGGAGGAUCUGGCACGGGCAGUACACGCGCUGGCCGGACUACGGCGUGCCGGGCGGGGGGCGAGCCGCGCCCGUACUGGCCUUCCUCGAGGAUGUACGGAGGGCGCAACAGCGGGCCAGGAACGAGCUGGGCGACGCGUGGGCGGGUCACAGGCGCGGGCCGCCCAUAGUGGUGCACUGCUCGGCGGGCAUCGGCCGCACCGGCACCUUCAUCACCCUGGACGUGUGCAGCUCGCGGCUCCGAGCCGAGGGCGGGGCGGACGUCCGCGCCGCGGUCGAGGCGGUGCGGGCCCAGCGAGCGCACUCCAUACAGAUGCCCGACCAAUACGUAUUCUGUCACCUGGCGCUGCUCGAGUACGCGGUGAUGCACGGCUACCUGGAGUCGGCCGAGCUGACGGGCUUCGACGACGAGAACGACGACGAGUCCGAAUGAAAACUGGCGCGCCCCGCCUGCAGCCUGCUGUGACGUCGGCCGCCCGCCCGCCGCCCGCCGCCCGCCGAGCGCGAGGCCGCGCGGACCGGUUACGAGAGACGUGUUCGUGUUAUUUAUUUAUAUAUAAGGAGUAUGGCUGUGUCAUAAAUAUGUUCGUAUUGAAACCGUGCCGGGGACACCAGCAGGGGGCCGACACCUCGCUAGUCGAGACCCUUACAGUAGCGCCCGCGCCCGUGCGCAUGUCAUUACUAUGUCGUGACCGACUCCGCACUCAGAUUCGUAAUCAUAGUAAUAUUAUCUUGAUUCGGUUUCGAGUGUCCUCGAAGCUUAAUUAAGACUGGAUUUAAAUAUUUAUAAGUAAUGUAAUAAUAGACUGAAUACUGUUAACUCAUAGAAAAUUUAUGUGGACUUGAUCACUGUAAUGUUACUGAAGAGACUUCGAAAGUGUAGAUGUUUCAACAUAUAUAUAUAUAUUUAUUUAUUUCAUAUUAUAUAAUAUGUUUAGAUGCACCUUAUGAAUUAAAUGCAGAUAAUAUUAUUUUUUCAUAUCACAUAUCGCAUGUAAAUCGCCGUCCUUGUAAAUCAACAUAUCUCUUCACGUUAUCCUUAACUAAUUAACACCUCUGCCAAAAUAUUAAGGGUGCGUUUAUGUACGAAAUUUCAUUAUAUAUAUAUAUAUAUUAGUUAAAAAUACAUAAUUAAUUAUUAAUAUCACUAUAUCUUCCGCUACAUCUCGUUUAAUGGAAACGCACCCUUUGUUUCACUGUAAUAUAAGUGCAUUUAAAAUAUUUUUUUUCCAUUUAAUAUUAAUAGCGAAAUAUUUAAUGAUCCAACCGCAGCGCGAACCUUCAGACGAGUGAUGUUAUAGUACAAAAUGUAAAUUAUAAUUUGCACCUCUCGAUCUUUUGUGACACGCGCCGUUAUGUUAGUCUCGUGUAUAACGUUCGGGUCGCAACGUCUCCGCUGGGAUGAGGUCGGUCAUUACAAACGUAUCCUCUACGAAUCCUAGACGUCUCGAUAUAGAAAAAUCAUACGAAAUAUUAUAAUCUUAUUGAAAAUAAGAUAAUGAUAUAGCAAUGUGUAUAAUAUAUAUAUAUAUAAAUAAAUAUAUAUAUAUGUAGGUAAAUAAAUAAUGAUUUGUAAAUAAACGGCGUCAUAGUGUUUUAUAUCUCGCUUGUGUUAAAAUUAAUAUAGCUAUUGAAAAUAACAUUAUGAUUUAAAUAAGUUUAUCGUUAGAUUCACGUGUUUGUAUAUAAUUACAGUUCUAAAUUAAAUCCUCGAGGUACGUGUGGAAUAAAGUUGUAAUAUAUU